AUCUUCCUCCAGACUCCGCUGGAAAGGAGGCUGAAAUGACGGAUGCAGCCAUGGGAGCGGUAGCCGGAGACACUUUAUUUACAUCCAAAGAGGCACUAUAAGUUUAGAGGGGAAGCCGAUGCGUGUGUCUCCCUCUUUACUUUCGCCGACCCCCUCCUCCUCCGCUGGCAGAAAUUUAUAAAGAACAAAAAAUCCGACGAGGGAGGGAGGGGGGUUGAUAUACGCCGAGGCUGAAAUCGAGAGGCGAACCCAGGGAAAGAGGAGUAAUUCGCACACGGGACUUUCCCCCUCUUAGUCCCCCAAAAGGAGGGGGAAAAGUCGCAAUAUUGGAGACGAGACGGAAUGAGCUUCUGAGGGCGUGAAAACGUCUGCAAUUGUGGAUACUUUAUAUAUUUUUAUUUCGAAAAAAUAUGGCCGAGAACGUUCUGGACUCUGGCCCGCCUUCAGCCAAGAGGCCUAAACUCUCCUCUCCGGCACUUUCCGCCUCCGCCAGCGAUGGAAACGAUUUUGGCUCGCUGUUUGACUUGGAGCAUGACCUCCCAGAUGAGCUCAUCAACUCCAGUGAACCAGGUCUGGUCAAUGGAGGGGACCUUAACCAGUUACACACAACGCUGGGUGGAGGACCUGCAGGGUUGGGUCCUGGAGGUGGCAAUGGAGGGCCAGGAGGAAUGGGUCUUGGGCUUGGCCCUGGCCCCGGCGGGGGUCCUGGACCUGUCGGUGGCGGCCAGGACGCAGUGGCCAAGCACAAGCAGUUGUCUGAGCUUUUGCGUUCUGGGGCAACCACCUCAACUCAACAAGGACACCAAGGAGCGAUGGGCAGUCCGGGGGGCCCUGCUAUGGGCCAACACUUGGCAAACAUGAAGGCGUCCCCUGGUCAGGGGCCUCAGCAGAUGAUGGGCCAGGGACAGCAGCAACAUCUCUCCCCUCAGCAGCAAGCCAACAUGAUGCAGCAACAACAGAAUGCUGCAGCUGGGAUGUUGGGGAAUAUGAACAGAGCCAUGAUGGGAGCGCAGCAGAAAGGCAGUAAUGGACAGCAGCAGCCAGGCAUGAUUGGGAACCAGGUGAUGAACGGCUCUCCCAGGGGCUUCGGAAAUCAGGGGCUGGCUGGCAGCGGGAACCUGUUGGCUGAGACCCUACAGCAGCAGGGGGCAGUUGGCCAGGCCGGGAUGAGAGGCCAGCAACCUGGAGCAAUGAACAAGAUGGGGAUGAUGGGGAACCCUGGGGGUCCUUUUGGAGGUCCAUAUGGAGGUCAGGGGACUCAAGGUCUGGGAGGGGCAGGGCUGGGCCCUCAGCUCCAGAGCAAAGGUCCCAUGGCCAACAGCCUGGCUCAGUUCAACGUGGACAAGAAGAACCCACCCAUGCAAGGAAUGGCUGCUAUGGGCACCCAGCAGUCACCAGCAGGUGUGGGCGGUCCCGCAGGUGCUCCUGUGGGUGGAGCCGCGGGGAUGGUUUCUGGUGCUCAGGCGGGUCUGGUGGGGCCCGGUACCCAGGUCUCUGCCGCUUCCGCUGCAGCCGGAGCGCCACCGACAGCCGACCCCGAGAAGCGCAAACUAAUCCAGCAGCAACUGGUGCUGCUGCUUCAUGCGCACAAGUGCCAGCGGCGGGAGCAGGCUAACGGUGAAGUGCGGCAGUGCAAUCUGCCCCACUGCCGCACCAUGAAGAAUGUCCUCAACCACAUGACUCAUUGCCAGGCUGGCAAGUCCUGCCAGGUUGCACACUGUGCAUCAUCGAGGCAGAUCAUCUCCCACUGGAAGAACUGCACUCGACACGACUGUCCUGUCUGCCUGCCACUGAAGAAUGCUGGGGACAAGAGGAACCCGCAGUGUGAGUCUCUGCUUGGCGCGGCCGGAGCAGGGCUGGGCAGCUCUCUCGGGGCAGUUCCUGGUGGCCAACAAAGUGCCCCCAACAUCAACCCGCCAAACCAGAUCGACCCCAGCUCUAUAGAGAGAGCGUAUGCCGCCCUGGGCCUAACCUACCAGGGCAACCAGCCUCAGACCCCCCAGCCUAACAUGCCGAACCAAGGUCUUUCAGGGCAGGCUGGCAUGAGGCCGCUGAAUCCAAUGGGUGUGAAUGCUAUGGGAGUCAAUGGAGGUGUGGGCGCUCCCCCUCAAAGCCAACAAGCCAGUCUGCUGCAGGAUACAAUGAUGCAUCUCAAUGUGAACAGUCAAGGUCUGAUGAAUGAUGCUGGUGGGGUUGGGUCCAUGCCCACAGCAGCCCCGCCCUCUGCUACAAGCAUGAGAAAAAGCUGGCAUGAGGACAUCACACAGGACCUCCGAAAUCACUUAGUCCACAAGCUAGUCCAGGCCAUCUUUCCAACGCCGGACCCUGCAGCUCUCAAGGACCGGCGAAUGGAAAACCUUGUUGCCUAUGCUCGAAAAGUUGAGGGAGACAUGUAUGAGUCAGCCAACAGCAGAGCUGAGUACUAUCACUUGCUCGCGGAAAAGAUCUACAAGAUCCAGAAGGAACUGGAGGAAAAGAGGAGGACCCGACUUCAGAAGCAAGGCCUCGGCCUUGGGCCUGCUGGCAUCGGUCAGCCCCCCACUGGACUGCCUCCUAAUGGUCCUCUCCCUGAUCCAUCGAUGGUGCGACCGACGGGACCAAAUCAGAUUAUGAAUAGGAUGCAAGGGCCAGGUAUGAAUCAGUUCAAUCAGAUGGCAAUGCAGCCUAUGGGACAGAGGUCCACUCCCCCUCUUCCCAUGGGAGCGUCUGGCAAUCAGAUGGGGAUGGUUGGACCAAGAGUGGGGCAGCCCAACGUUAACCAGCUGCAGAACCAGUAUCUGUCCCAGGGACAGUUUCCUGGUCCAGGGCCAGCAGUCGGAGCAGCUCAGCCUGGAAUGGCCCAGCCUGGACCACAAGGAGGAAUGACACAGACACAGAUGGGCACUCCUCCCUCUCUUUCGGUUGCUAGUCCUCUCGCACAGCCAGGCUCCGCCGGCGGCCCCAGUGGGGUCGCUGCAGUGGGGACGAUGGGUCCGCAGAGUGUUGGUGGAGGAGGCCCCAACUCUGCAGUGGGAGCACCUGCUCCCUCCGUGACUCCAUCGAACACAAACCAGCAGCCCAACUCCAUUCCCCACUUGGGCGCCAUGCGUGGCUCACCCUCCCCAGCCCACAGCCGAUCUCCCACGCCCCACCAGACACCUCCCAGGCUCGCCGGGUCCCAAACGCCACAGCCGCACACCCCUAAUGCGUCGCAGCUUGCACCGCCUCCUGCCCCACUGCAGAAUCCGCUCAGCCAGGGCCCUGGAUCCAACAAGCCUCUUCAGCAGCAGUCCAUGGGCCCAGCUGGUUCUACUACUCCAUCUCACCCCGGACUCUCUUCCAGCUCAACGCCGCAUGGUGCUCAGCUGCCACGGACUCCGUUAUCGCAGAAGGGUUCAUUCCCCACGGAGAAUCAGGCCCUGACACCGGCCUCCGUCAACAGUUUGGACACUUCUUCUCAGCAGCCACAGUCAGAAACCUCAGCCUCGAACCUUGACCCAAAGAUGGAGGUCAAGCAGCAGGAUGAGGAGGAGGAGAGUGACGCCGGCAGCUGCUCCAAAGGAGGGAAGCUCAGUAACCUCAAAACCGAGGAAAAGCCUGUCAAAUCUGAACUGAAAAAGGAAGAGUGUUCGGGAGAGGGAGGUAAGGGAGUUCCCAUGGACACGUCAACAACAACAACACCAACAUCGGCGGUGAAACAGGAAGACAGGAAGCCAGAGGUGAAGAAAGAGGUGAAAGAGGAAGAGGAGAACUCGGAGGCCGCUGUACCACAGGCUCCAGUGAAGAAGAAGAUCUUCAAGCCUGAAGAGCUUCGUCAGGCUCUGAUGCCCACACUGGAGUCUCUCUACAGACAAGACCCCGAGUCGCUCCCCUUCAGGAUGCCUGUUGACCCACAAAUGCUCUGCAUCCCUGAUUAUUUUGACAUUGUGAAGAACCCGAUGGACUUGUCAACCAUCAAGCGAAAGCUUGACACAGGUCAAUACCAAGAUCCGUGGCAGUACGUGGACGACAUCUGGCUGAUGUUCAACAAUGCAUGGCUGUACAAUCGGAAAACGUCACGAGUGUACAAGUACUGCUCCAAGCUGGCCGAGGUUUUUGAGCAAGAGAUUGACCCCGUGAUGCAGAGCCUCGGCUACUGUUGUGGGAGGAAGCUGGAGUUCUCUCCUCAGACACUGUGCUGCUAUGGAAAGCAGCUGUGCACUAUUCCUCGAGAUGCUGCUUACUUCAGCUACCAGAACAGGUACCACUUCUGCGAGAAGUGUUUCAACGAGAUCCAGGGAGAGACGGUUUCACUGGGCGACGACCCCACCCAGCCGCAGACAUCAAUUAACAAGGAUCAGUUUGAGAAGAAGAAGAAUGACACACUGGACCCUGAACUGCUUGUUGAAUGUUUGGACUGUGGACGCAGGAUGCAUCAAAUUUGUGUCCUGCACAAUGACACAAUCUGGCCAUCAGGUUUUGUGUGUGAUGGCUGUUUAAAGAAGACAAACAAGACAAGAAAAGAAAAUAAGUAUUCGGCCAAGAGGUUACCGCAGACAAAGUUGGGCUGCUUUCUGGAGACGAGGGUGAACGACUUCUUGAAACGGCAAAGCAACCCAGAGGCUGGGGAAGUCUUCAUUCGUGUGGUGCAUGUCUCUGACAAAGUGGUGGAGGUCAAACCAGGCAUGAAGUCCAGAUUUGUGGACAGCGGAGAGAUGUCCGAGUCUUUCCCGUACAGGACAAAAGCUCUCUUUGCUUUUGAGGACAUUGACGGAGCCGAUGUCUGUUUCUUUGGGAUGCAUGUUCAGGAGUACGGUUCCGACUGCCCUCAACCCAAUCAGAGGCGAGUAUACAUCUCCUACCUGGACAGUGUACACUUCUUUCGUCCUCGCUCUCUCAGAACUGCGGUCUACCAUGAAAUCCUCAUUGGCUACUUGGAGUAUGUCAAGAAGUUGGGGUACACCACUGGCCACAUCUGGGCCUGUCCACCCAGUGAGGGGGACGACUACAUCUUCCACUGUCACCCUGCGGAUCAGAAGAUCCCGAAGCCCAAACGCCUUCAGGAGUGGUACAAGAAGAUGCUCGACAAAGCUGUGGCAGAGCGGAUCGUCCAUGACUACAAGGACAUCUUCAAGCAGGCCACAGAGGAUCGCUUGACCAGUGCCAAGGAACUGCCUUACUUUGAGGGUGACUUUUGGCCCAAUGUGCUGGAGGAGAGUAUCAAAGAGCUGGAGCAAGAGGAAGAGGAGAGGAAACGGGAGGAGAACAGCACUUCCAAUGAGAGUAUUGAUGACACGAAAGGUGACAGCAAAAAUGCAAAGAAGAAGAACAACAAAAAGACAAGCAAGAACAAGAGCAGCCUGAGCCGAGCCAAUAAGAAGAAGCCCGGGAUGCCAAACGUCUCCAACGACCUUUCGCAGAAACUCUACGCCACCAUGGAGAAACAUAAAGAGGUUUUCUUUGUGAUCCGGCUGAUCGCGGGCCCCAUGGCAAACGCCUUACCCCCUAUAGCAGACCCAGAUCCUCUGAUGGCAUGUGAUCUCAUGGAUGGCCGGGAUGCUUUCCUGACUCUGGCCCGGGACAAGCACCUAGAAUUCAGCUCACUAAGGAGAUCCAUGUGGAGUUCCAUGUGCAUGCUGGUGGAGUUGCAUAACCAGAGCCAGGACCGCUUUGUUUACACCUGCAAUGAAUGCAAGCAUCACGUGGAGACUCGCUUCCAUUGUACCGUCUGUGAGGAUUACGACCUUUGCAUCACGUGUUACAACACUAAGGGUCAUGAGCACAAGAUGGAGAAGUUAGGCCUUGGCUUGGAUGACGAGAGCAGCAACCAGGCGGCCGCCACCACCCAGAGCCCCGGAGACUCUCGCCGUCUCAGCAUCCAGCGUUGCAUCCAGUCCCUGGUCCACGCGUGCCAGUGCCGAAACGCCAACUGCUCUCUGCCGUCCUGUCAGAAGAUGAAACGGGUCGUUCAGCACACCAAAGGGUGCAAGAGGAAAACAAACGGAGGCUGCCCCAUCUGCAAGCAGCUCAUUGCCCUGUGUUGCUACCAUGCGAAACACUGUCAGGAGAACAAGUGUCCGGUCCCUUUCUGUCUGAACAUCAAGCACAAGCUUCGCCAGCAGCAGCUGCAGCACAGGCUGCAGCAGGCUCAGAUGCUGAGGAGGAGGAUGGCCAGCAUGCAGAGAGUGGGUCAGCCCGCCGGAGGACCGCCAGGGGGCAACGGCCUGCCCUCUCCUGGAGCCAACAAUGGAGCUACUGGUCCUGGUACCCCCACGUCUGUUGGCACCCAGCCUCCUACCCCACAGACCCCUACCCAGGGAAACAUGGCAGGACUUCCUCAGCAGGGAGUUGGAAUGGGUGGGAUGGGGGGAAUGGGAACUCCAGGCCAACAGCAGCAGAUCCAACAGCAAGGUGGUGCCAUUCCCCCCCAGCACCAUCUCCAUCAGUUUCCACAAGUGGGUGGAGGUGGGAUGAUGAACUCUCCUCAGCAGCAGAUGGUACCUCCACUCCAGCAGCAGCCUCCCAACGUCCAGCAGCAGCACCCUGGUGGGUUGCCUCCUUACAACCCCAGACCGCCCGGGGCUUCUCCUCUCCACCAGUCUAUGGGAAAACCUGGAUUGGGUCCAGCCACCCCACCGCAGCAGCAGUCGAACCCGGGCCAGGGGCCAAUGCCUGUACAAAGCCAGCAGCAGGGGCCUCCUCUGGCUGCUGUGGAGACCGCCCUCAAAAUCCAGCGAUUAGCAGAGACCCAGAGACAGAUGGCUCAAGCACAGGCCCAAGCACAGAUACGAGGUUUGGGCCAGGGAGGCAUGAUACCCCAACAUCCGCACCACCAGAACAACCCGAACCAGAUGGGAAUGCCCCACAUGGGGCCCCAGAGCAUGCCCCCACAGGCUCAGGGAGUUGUUGGAAGGACUAUGUUAGACCCACAGCAGCAGGGGAUGCUCGCUGGGAUGCAGCAAGGUGGCCCUCAGUCACAGCUACCACCUCAAGUUCAGCAGCAGCUUCAGCAGGUCCAGCAGGGAGGCGGUGGACAACUUCCACCUGCAAACCAGCAGUGGGGUGCUGGAGGACCGCCCAUGAACCCGCAACAAAGACCAGGUAUGAUGGGUCACAUGGCAGCUCAGCAGCAACCGGUGGUGUCCCAACAGCAGCAGCAAAUGAUCAAUCAGCAGCAGUCCCAGCCCGGAAACCGUGGGUUGAUGCAGGUAGCGGGAAUGUCGGGUGGGGCCGCUGGCGCGACGGCAUCAUUAGCAGCCGCAGCGGGAGCGGGAAACCUGCCUCAAGCGGCACUGCAAGAGCUCUUGAGAACGCUACGCUCGCCAAGCUCACCUCUGCAGCAGCAGCAAGUGCUGAACAUCCUUCGUUCCAACCCGCCCCUGAUGGCCGCGUUCAUCCGGCAAAGAGCUGCUCGGUAUCAGGGUGGUCAGGGCGGUCCUGGAGGAGUGGGAGGGCCUCCCCAGGGCGCCCCCGUCAGUGUGAGGUUUCAAGGUGCUGCUGGAGGGGUCUCCGGUGUAAGUGGGCCAGGAGCCAACCAGCUUGCUAACAUGGAUGGACAGCAGCAGGUUGUCAACCAGACGGGUCAGCCAGGGAUGAAUAUCGCUCAAGGGGGAUCUGCCGGAGGAAAUAUGCCCACCAUAGCACAGCUUCAGCAGCUGCAGCAACAGCAGCAGCAGCAGCAGCGCCCCAUGCUGGCCGGGAAUCUACAACAGCAGCAAAUGGCGGCAUUGCAGCAGCAGCAACAGGGGGCGAUGCAACCAGGGCAGCAAGGAAACAUGGCCAACCCCCAAUUCAGAGAGCUGUUAAUGAGAAGGCACCUCCAACAGCAGCAGCAGCAUCAACAGCAGCAGCAGCAAAUGGGAAAUCACGGGCAGUUCCAGCAGCCGCAAGGACUCCAGCAGCAGCAAGGCCAGCAAGCCUUCAUGCAGCCAGGCCAGGGACAGCCAGGAAUGCCCCCCUCCUCCCAACCACAGCCCGGCGGUGGAGGCGUCGGGGCUCCCCAGCAGCCACCGCAAGGAGGACCGCAGGGAGGGCCAGGACAGCUCGGCCAGCAGCAAGGAUACCCCAACUCCAUGUCACAGGUCGCUGCUGCGCUCCAGCAGAGGCUCCAGCAUCAGAUGCAGAUGCAGCAGCAACAUCAGCAGCAACAGCAGCAAAACCCAAUGGGAGGUCUUCAAGGACCAGACCUGGGGCCGAGCGGAGGAGCCGGAGGACCGCCUCUCCAGCCUAGUCAGGGUGGAUCCGGGCCGGGUCAGCCACCACAAGGCGGAGGAGGCGGCGGGCCCCCGUUGCCUCAGACUUCCCAAGGCUUGCUUCACCAGAACAUCCACCAGAGGCUCCUGCAGCAGCAGCAUCUUGGAGGGGGCUCUCCAGCCCAGCACAGCAGUCCCAUGAGUCCCCAGCAGCAGCUGGCCCAGUCCCCACACCUUCAGGGACAGGGAGGUCUUGGUCCGGCGGGAUCACUCAGCAGUCAGGUCAGGUCGCCACAGCCGUCACCGAGGCCGCAGUCGCAGCCUCCUCACUCCAGCCCGUCCCCUCGCAUGCAGCCCUCCUCCCAAGCUCAGCCGCAGCCCUCGCCUCAUCGCAUCUCUCCGCAGACCCAGACGGGGUCGCCGCACCCGGGCCAUCUGGGCCAGCACCACCCCAGUAUGGCUCCGCCGCAGCCCCCUCAACCCCAGCAGCCCCCCGGGAACCCCGUAGACCCCGGCCAGUUCGGCUCGGAUCAGAACUCCAUCAUGUCCCAGCUGAGCGGGAUGACGGGGAUGCACAGUGGACAGGGGGCGCCGUCGGACUUACUGGGCGGGAACAAUAACGGCAGCGGUAAUAACAGCCAGGAGCUGGGAUCGAACAUUAACCACAACCUCAUGUAGCCUUGACUCCACCCAGUCCUCCUGCCUCCAUGCUCUGAUCGGCCGCCCCGGACGACAAACUGCCAUGGAAGGAGAUCCAGACCAGACUGCGGCUUUGGGGUUUUGAGAAGUUUUUAUUUUCUAUUUAAAUAUUUUUGUGAUGUACAAAUACGAACUGAAGCUUCCUUCCUAUGGGAGAUGCAACGUCAAUCUUAGAAGUCAAUAAAUGAAUAAAUUAAAAACAAUGGUAAGUUAUUGCUGUUAAUAUAUAUCUAUAUAUUUUUGCCAAUUGUGUACAAAAAAGGUGAAAGGGCAGUGUUUCAGGUUGAAGAUAUUUCUUCCUUAAGUAUAUGACACAAUAUUUUUGGGGACUGAGAAUUUUGCCUUUUUAUGAAUAUUUUUAAGAUUUCAACAGUGGCUAAAGAUGAAAAGUAAGUUGACACGAUGUACCUUUUUUUUUAAUUAUCGUUUUGGUUUCCUCUUUAAAUACCCAGUCAUGAUUGUAUCUAUUCUACAGAGAGUACGUUUAUUUUAUUUCUAUAUUAUUAUUAUUAUUCUCCCUGUAUGAAUUGUAAAACAAGCAUCAUCAACAUAUCUUCCGUUACAGAAAUGUAAA